CUGGAGCUGUACAGGCACCUCACACAGGAAGAAGUGGAUGAAUUGAAGAACAUCGACGACAAUUUGGUGUCAUGGACAUCCUCGCUUCUCGUUGCCCUCCAAGGGGCUUUCUACACGAGCGUCACAAAGCCCAGCCCUGCAGGCCUAUCUGGAGUCCACAUUCUGAUGGUCGACACCAGCGGGUUCCACAUGAAUGUCUUCGCGAGAACUACGGAGGUCAUGGGGCUACUCAAGGGGAAAAGCGAAAAGCUGGACAGGCUGCACAACGCCAGAACGGCGGCCCCUCCCACACACGACCUCAGCGAAUGGCUCUCGCAAUCAUGCAUCAAUGUUACAGAAGACGGCUGGGUGUUCUCCCUGGAAAAGCUCAUAGACUGCGGUCUCUUGGAGUUGUGCCCAUGGUUUUCUGACCGUAGUAAGUGGUCGACCUGGGCAGAGCGUGUCGCCGAGUUGCGACAGGCCAACUUCGUUGACCAUGAGCCCUCCACCGUUCAAGCCGAUGAAGAGAAACGAGUGGAUCUGGCUAUCGUGGAAUUGGCAAUGGAACUGGUCGAUGUAACACCAGCGGGUCCCGCGCUGGCCUGGGCCGAUUUGUCCAGGGUGCCGAACUUGAAACGCUCUAGAAGCCAGACCAAGAACGCCAAGCGAGAGCUCAUCGUCUUGGUCGUGUCGGUGUAG